UAUCUGUUGAAUAUCUGUUGGAUAUCCAACAUCAAACUAACUUCGGCACGGUAUGCUCCUUGACCUUUUGACCUCAAGUUGUCAAACCAACUGUGCAACAUACAGAUUAACGUGCCAUAAGUGCUUAUUUUUCGAAUUGUUAACAGUCUCUGCAGCCACCUCCUUUUGGCUGAUAUGAAGGUAAAGAUGCUGUGGGAACAACCUCAAACAGAAGUAGUAGUGGCAGUUAUUAAAUCACCUCCUCAUGCCUUUACUCUGAGGCAUGCAGACUUGGUAACACUACGACCACAUGAACUUCUUAAUGGUGAGGCAAUCGAAUGCUACAUUCGGGCUGCUCUUAAUAAAUUUGAAAAGUCUGGACGUCUGCUCCAGAUGGAUCACUAUGUUACUGGUGUGAUCCUUGAAGGCACAAGACAACAAAUGUCUCGACACCAAAUGAAAAAAGUGGACUUUGACUGUUUUGAUGGUGCAGUGUCUUUUGUAAAUAUCAAUGACAGUCACUGGAGGUUUGUGUAUCUUCAUGCUCCGUCAGCCCAAGUGUUUGUCAUUGACCCUGCUUCUUCAGAGAUUGACCAUGACAUCUCAAAUAAGGCUGCAAUGACUUACCGAUUGUAUUUCAAAAUGCGCCAAAACAUACAAGGCAGGCAGCACUGGAGCAGCAUUAAGUGGACAGCAAGAACCAUAAAGCACAAUGAACAAAAGGACAGCACAAGUUGUGGAGUGUUUGUGAUGCAGAUGGCAAGAAAGGUUGCUGAAAGUUUUCCACAAAUUCCUGCAUCAAUGACCAUAAAUCCAACAAGCAGCAGCAUAAGAAAGCUGCGGGCUGAAAUGGCAGAGACAAUGCUCUCUUCCUCAGAACCAAGAGAUGAGUAUUGCUCAAUCUGUGGACUCAAAGAUGUCCCAAAAACGGCAACAACUGAAGCAGUUGUUAUUGACUGGACCCAAUGUGAGACAUGCAAGCGGUGGUUUCACGAUAUCUGCAUUACCCUAAAUAAAAGUAACUCCCCAGAAACUGACUUGCCAUGGCACUGUCUUUUAUGUUAAGACAGAAUGAAAAAGGCACCAGGACACAAGGAAAGUAAGAAGACGGAAAGAAAACUAAAUAUAGAGUUACGAUAGAGAUCGUCAAUGUUACAUUUUGAUGUGAUUUUGAAAAUAAUAAUAAAUUAAGAGAAAGAAAUGUCUGAUUUCUUAGCCAUUUAUCGGAUCUCAGGACAAUCAGCCCAAAUAGAAAAGGAUACUUUUAAAGCCAUUUGAAGAGGAUGGAUAAUAGGUUAUUCAACUGCAAAAAAUAAGAAAAUGCUGGACAAAAAAUAAUCUUAUGACUGAAUUAAAGAUUUUAGUAACUCAACCAAUGUUUCCAAAAACGUGCUACACUUAAGAUUUCACGAUUACUGACAAGAUCAGCCUUGCAAGCAGUUAUACAUGAGAAGUGAAAAUUUACUGUUUCAACUUGGCAUGUUCCAUACUACCCACAUACUAAAAAGCUG